GGAGGCGAGAGUCUCGCUGCUCCCCGCCCUCAACCCUUCGGGUAUCUCCGCCCCCGCUUCGCCUAUCUCCUCCCCCGCUUCGCCUAUCGCCGCCUCUCUUCGUUAAGUUCCGCCGCCACUUCGGCAACUUCCGCCGCUUCGGUCGGAAAUGGCCGAAGACGUGCGAGACCCAGCGGUUUAAGGGGAGAAGACCGGCCGGCUUCUCGGAAUAAACCAACUGUGUCCGGCCCGUGGGGGGGGAGCAGGGGAGGGCGGACGGAGCGGGAAGACGAGGCAGCGGCUAUGGCUCCCCCCCCAGCCACUCGCGGCUCCGUCGGGAGGGCGAAGUGAGGGCGCCGAGAGGCUCCAGACAGAUGAGUAGAGAGCUGGCUGCAGAAGAGGGACAGAUUCCAGUCUGCCAGCUGCUCACCGUGUACAGAGGGAAACCCUUGAGAUCAGCACUGGGAGAAAGAAGAGAGGUGGAGAAGGAGUGGGGCAGGUCUGAGCCAAGGAGCUGAGGGACAGCAGGAAUGGCAGAGCUUCACCCUCCCAGCAGCGAUGAGAGAGACUGACAGCGCUACGAGUCCCUCCUGGCUCCGUCUGCACAGCGGCUGCUGCCUCUGCAUAUUCAUCGGAUGGUAAUGCAGGAUGUCGGCGGCAGCGGUGGAGUUUGGCUCUGUCCCACUGCGUUUUCCUUCUGCCGGUUGCGACUCUGAAUCACCAUGACAACGCCGUGACACUUCCAGCAAAGGUUGCCCGUGGACCAAGGGUGGGCUGGGGGUGGGCGAGAAGGUCAAUGAUCGAGUCUAACGGGAUCAGGAGUUGCGCCUGCAGCAAAACGACCGUGGAAGAGCCGCCGGCACGGCAAGAAGAUGAAAUUCCCCUUCCAUUGGCUUCUUGUUGAGCAGGCACAAUAACAUUCCCCUUCGAGAGACUCGCUGUAAAAACUCUUUUGGUUAUGGCUACUGAUCCAACGUGAUUGCGCGCGAGGCGGCUUCGGAACUCAUGACUGGCUAUACGAUGUUGCGCAAUGGGGGAGUGGGGAACGGAGGCCAGCCGUGGGUGUUGAGGUGGUCCAGUCGGAUCCGGCUCACCUGGCUUAGCUUCACCCUCUUCGUCAUCCUCGUUUUCUUCCCCCUCAUUGCCCACUACUACCUGACCACCAUCGACGACGCGGACGAUGCCGGCAAGCGCAUCUUCGGGCCCCGCACCGGCAACGAGCUGUGCGAGGUGAAGCACGUGCAGGACCUGUGCCGCAUCCGCGAGUCGGUCAGCGAGGAGCUGCUGCAGCUCGAGGCCAAGCGGCAGGAGCUCAACAGCGAGAUCGCCAAGCUCAACUUGAAGAUCGAGGCCUGCAAGAAGAGCAUUGAGAAUGCCAAGCAGGACCUGCUGCAGCUGAAGAACGUCAUCAGUCAGACUGAGCAUUCCUACAAAGAGCUGAUGGCCCAGAACCAGCCCAAGCUCUCCUUGCCCAUCCGGCUGCUGCCAGACAAGGAUGAUGCGACCUUUCCCCUGCCAAAAUCCAACAGGAACUGCAGACUGCACAACUGCUUUGACUACUCGCGCUGCCCGCUGACGUCUGGCUUUCCAGUCUAUGUCUACAACAGUGACGAUUACCCUUUUGGUAGUUCCUUAGACCCUUUAAUUAAACAGGCCUUUGAGGCGACUGUCAGAACUAAUGUUUAUGUUACUGAAAAUGCAAAUAUUGCUUGUGUGUAUAUAAUUUUAGUGGGGGAAAUGCAAGAGCCCGUAAUGCCAAAACCUACUGAACUAGAGCAACAGUUGCACUCUUUGCCAUAUUGGAGGACUGAUGGACACAACCAUCUCAUCAUCAAUCUGUCGAGGAAGUCGGAAACUCAGAACUUCAUUUACAACAUCAGCACGGGGCGCGCCAUGAUCGCCCAGUCCACCUUUUACGACGCCCAGUAUCGACCGGGCUUUGACAUCGUGGUAUCACCUCUGGUCCACGCCAUGUCCGAGCCCAACUUCCUGGAGAUCCCGCCCCAGGUGCCGGUCAAGCGUAAGUACCUGUUCAGUUUCCAGGGGGAGAAGAUCGAGUCCCUCCGCUCCAGCUUGCAGGAGGUUCGCUCUUUCGAGGAGGAGAUUGAAGGCAACGCCCCGGCCGACUACGACGACCGGAUCAUCACCACCUUGAAGGCUGUUCAGGACAGCAAGCUGGACUUUGUUCUGGUGGAGUUCACGUGUAAGAACCAGCCUAAGGCGAGUCUGCCCACUGAGUGGGCUCUGUGUGGAGAAAGGGAAGACAGACUAGAGCUACUGAAGCUUUCUACUUUUGCACUGAUCAUCACCCCCGGGGACACCCGUUUAGUGAUCUCCGCCGGGUGCACCAUGAGACUGUUUGAGGCUCUGGAAGUCGGGGCCAUCCCGGUGGUUCUCGGAGAGCAGGUUCAGCUACCCUACAACGAUGUGAUCCGGUGGAACGAGGCAGCCUUAAUUAUACCAAAGCCACGUAUCACAGAAGUGCACUUUCUUCUGAGAAGCAUUUCUGACAACGAUCUCCUUGCCAUGAGGAGGCAGGGCCGCUUCUUGUGGGAGACCUACUUCUCCACCUCCGACAACGUCUUCAGCACAGUCUUAGCUAUCAUAAGGACUCGAAUCCAAAUCCCGGCUGCUCCAAUCCGAGAAGAACCCGCCGUGGAGAUCCCCCACCGCUCUGGCAAAGCUGCUGGCACAGACCCCAAUAUGGCAGACAAUGGUGACCUGGACUUGGGGCCCGUGGAAACGGAGCCACCCUACGCCUCUCCCAAAUAUCUCCGCAAUUUCACCCUCACCGCGAUGGAUAUCUACAGGAAUUGGAAUUCUGCCCCGGGGCCUUUCCACCUCUUCCCCUACACUCCCUUUGACCCCGUUUUACCAUCAGAAGCAAAAUUUUUGGGGUCUGGGACUGGUUUUCGACCAAUUGGUGGAGGAGCAGGUGGCUCUGGGAAGGAGUUCCAGGCUGCUUUGGGUGGCAACGUCCCGCGGGAGCAGUUCACGGUGGUGAUGUUGACUUACGAGCGGGAGGAAGUGUUGAUGAACUCCCUAGAGAGGCUCAAUGGUCUCCCCUACUUAAAUAAAGUUGUGGUGGUGUGGAACUCCCCCAAGCUUCCCUCCGAGGAUCUCCUGUGGCCGGACAUUGGCGUCCCAAUCAUGGUGGUGCGCACGGAGAAGAACAGCCUGAACAACAGGUUCCUGCCCUGGGACGAGAUCGAGACCGAGGCCAUCCUGUCCAUCGACGACGACGCCCACCUGCGCCACGACGAGAUCAUGUUCGGCUUCCGGGUGUGGAGGGAGGCCAGGGAUCGCAUCGUGGGCUUCCCCGGCCGCUACCACGCCUGGGACAUCCCCCACCAGUCCUGGCUCUACAACUCCAACUACUCCUGCGAGCUCUCCAUGGUGCUCACUGGUGCUGCCUUCUUCCACAAGUACUACGCCUACCUGUACUCGUACGUGAUGCCCCAGGCCAUCCGCGACAUGGUGGACGAGUACAUCAACUGCGAGGACAUCGCCAUGAACUUCCUGGUGUCCCACCUGACCAGGAAACCUCCCAUCAAGGUGACCUCCCGCUGGACCUUCCGCUGCCCCGGCUGCCCCCAGGCGCUUUCCCACGACGAUUCCCACUUCCACGAGCGCCACAAGUGCAUCAACUUCUUCGUCAAGGUGUACGGGUACAUGCCCCUGCUCUACACCCAGUUCCGCGUCGACUCGGUCCUCUUCAAGACCCGCCUGCCCCACGACAAGACCAAAUGCUUCAAGUUCAUCUAGAGACGGCAGCAGCUGCGCCCGGCAGCUCCCGGCUGAGCACGGGGCUGGGAUGCACAAGGUUGUGGCAAACGGGCUGGCCUGGACUGGGACGGGCUCUUCCCUCUUCCCGGACAGGGAAUGGGAUGCCAAGGCUCCUGUGAGGACACACCCAUGGAUCGUACACUGAGGAAUGGCUCGCUGGCCACUGGCUCUGCCCCUCCGCUAGCCAAGGGCGGCCGUUCUUUUUAAUUAUAAUUAUUGUUAUUUAAAAUGAAAGUGUUUUAGAUUUGCCACGUGAGGAGCUUUUUUGUUUUCUUUUCUUUUCCCUCCCCUCUCCCCACUCCAUUUCUCCCUCUGGACCCUUCAGCCCAUCCGAGGGGGCUGCAGCAAGGCCAGGUUGGAGGUGUUUGGGUGCAGCAUCAGGGCAGCUCCUCUCACCACUGCUGUCCCCAUCCUUCCUCCCGUGGCACAGCCCAUCCCACCCACCAGAUCCUGGCUUCUCUUGCCCUGUGGCUACUACUGAGGCCUCUCAGGUGUCACCUGGUGAGGAGCCCUUUGCUCUGCUUGCUCUGCUCCCCACUGAGGGGUGAGCUUGGCCUGGAUGGUCCUUCCUGGCUCCAGCUCUGCUGCAGCCCAGGGGGUUCAGUUCUGCUGUCUCUGUUUUUCCCCACCUUGUCCUGCUGAUUCUCUGAAGACAGGGAGCGUGUCUGGGGCUUAGGGCAGACCCACCUGCAGCACAGCCAGGGCUGGGGUGCUCCAGGCUCCUGCAGGCUCUGACCCUCCUCUGUGCUCAGCCUGGGUGUGCCAGAGCUGCAGUUCCCACUCUGCCUCGUCCCCCUCCCAGAGCGCUCCGUGCCCGUGUUUGCCGUGGGCCUCAGCACAGCUGCCUUAACCCCAGCCCAUCCCCACACCCUGGCUUUGGGCUGGGUGAGGUUUAAUCCCAACAGCAGCUUCCCAGGGUGUGAUGCUGCUGGGAUCACAGCGUGGGUUUGGAGCUGCUUCCUCUCCCCCAGAGCAAAAAUUCUGUCACACCUGAAACCACCCGAGCUGAGCUCUGCUCCAUCCUGCUGGACAUGAGGGGAGCACAGGAGGGAAGGGAGAGCUUGGCCCUUGUGUGUUGUUCUCCAGAUGUUUGUGAGCAGCCUGGAGAAGCUCUUGCUGGGUAGGUGGGAAGGUGACAUUCGUGUGGUCACCUCGGUGUCACCCCUGGUGUGUGGGAGCCGGGAUGGUCCAGCAGCAGCUCCUGGGCUCAUUCCCAAGGUCAGCCCUGUCCAUGCUCCUCCUGCACCACGUUUUGGGGCCUCUCCAAACUCCUCUCCCCAGGUUUUCCUGUCAGCACUGACACUUCAUGGGAAGGGGAGGGAAGGAGCAGCCUGUUCCCAGCAGAGCCCAUGGCUUGUGCCUUCACCAGCACCAGUGACCACAGCAAAACACGGAUCAAGGAAUCUUUUCCUAUGUUUUUUUCCCACCUUUCCAUUCCCUUUUUGUUUUAACAUCAGAUGUCCAAAUGUAAAGUCUCCAAAAGAAAUGCCACGGGAGACUCCAGUGAGGCCCUGGAACACCUGAAGGAUUCUCUGCCCCUGCCCAGGGUGGAAAUGUGGCACUUGUCAGGAGCUGUGUCAGCUCCAGCAUUCCCAGGGGCCUGAGCUCCUCUUCCACGGCUUUAAUUCCGCCCUCAUUAGUGGGGAUUCAUUAGCAGCAGUGCUGUGGCUCAGGUGCAGCCCCGGCCUGGGCUCAGCCCUGCCCUCCCAGCCCUCCUGGAGCACGGAGGGAUCUGGGCAUGGGCUGCACUCCAUCCAAACACAGGCACUGCUCAGCAGCCUUCAGGCCUUCCAAAAUCCGAGGGAAGUGUUAUUCCAGUGAGAGCCCAGGGGUGCAAUGAUGGGAUGGGAAGGGUUGGCAUUCCCAGGGGCUCGGGAUGCUCUGGGUGUCAGAGCCCCAGGCUGGGAAUUCUGCUCUCCCUUGCUGAUUUUAGAUUUGAGGCCAGUUGAGAUCAGGGAUCAGGAGAACAAAUCCAGCUUUCUUCCUCCCGGGCUCUUUGGCCUUUCCUAAGCUGUUGUUUGCUGGGAGGGUCCCCCUGUCCAUAGUGCUGGAGCAGGGACAGGAUGAGCAGUGGGAUCUGUGUGUUGAGGGAUGAAUCCUCCUUGCUGAGCACUCCUAAAAGGGAAGAAUUUGGGGGUGCAGGGGUAAAGUGGCUGCUUCUGGGAGAUACCUGGGCAGCAGCAGCCUUGGGAGGGAUGGAAUUCUGUGGGGAAAUGAAAUGCCAGCAGGAACAUCUUCCCCACUCCCAGUCCUACUGCUGUGGCUCUCCCAAAUCAUCCCAAACACCACCAAACCCCCUGGAUACAGGGUUGGGAUUCACAGCCCAGCUUUCUGCUCCUGAGACAUGCCAGCACCUGAACUGUUCUGAGGCUCCUCCACCAGGGAGGAGGGGGGCGUUUCCAGAGUGCUCCCAGCCGUGCCACCAUCCCAAAAUCCUUCCUUGCUCCCACCCAUCGUUCUCCCGGGAUUUUCGGGGCAUCCCAGGGUCACUCCGAAGCUCAGGUUUGGUUGUAUGAUCCAUCCCAGCUCCUGGGGCACGUGGCCUCCACCAUCCCAGCCCUGAGGAGACGGGAAGGGCUCUUGGCAGCUGCACCUUGUCCCUGUUCCAGAGUUUCUGCUGCUCCUCCCGGGCACGGAGCGAGGCCUUUCCCGCUGUAAAUAGCAACGACCGAGGUGACACGGCCCCUGCCCUCCCCUUGUGCCCACGGUGCUGUGAGCACCAGGAUUUCAAAUCCAACAGGGACUGAGAGAACAAGGAACACUCCUUCGACACGAGCACAAUGUUGAGUUUUUUGUAAAAGGUUCCAAUAAAUGGAGAGUUUAACUUGG